AGUACAGCGUGCGAUAACAUUUAGGAGACGAUUGGAAAGGAGUUCACUCAUUCCAUUGUGUCAACAACGAGAAUAAUUAUAGCCAUACAAACCGUUGGCCUAUUUUGUUUGAUAUCGAUCUAAACAUACGACAUAUUGAAGGUUUGCAGAGGCAACUGGAGGCUUGCAGCAGGAUGCUGAUUUGACAGCUCAAAUUCGUCGCUUCUGGUGCCUGAUUGGCUAAAAGAAUCCCGUUGAAAUUGGGGUCGCAUCGGUGGAGGAUGGCUAGCAAGCCUGCUAGCUUCGUAUUUUAAGGUCAGUGCUAGCCAUUUGAGCGGAGUUCAUAUCUGUCUGUUCUACUGUUGCGCAAGAGAGACACAUGAAAAUUGGCUUAACUACAUAAUCAAGCUUGACAAAAGACAAAGGACUAGGUGUGGAUGACCCCUCCCCUUACGAGAUGUAACAGGAUGCUGAACCAUCACUGUAGAAGGAACCCCGAGCUUCAAGAGGAGCUGCAGAUACAGGCUGCAGUGGCAGCGGGGGAUGUGUACACCGUCAGGAAGAUGCUGGAGCAAGGCUACUCUCCCAAGAUCCGUGAUGCCAACGGGUGGACCCUGCUCCACUUCUCCGCUGCCAAGGGGAAGGAGAGAUGUGUCCGGGUCUUCCUGGAACACGGAGCUGACCCCACGGUAAAGGACUUCAUUGGCGGCUUCACGGCGCUCCACUAUGCCGCUAUGCACGGCCGUGCGCGCAUCGCCCGCCUCAUGCUGGAGUCGGAAUUCCGCAGCGACAUCAUCAAUGCCAAGAGCAACGACGGCUGGACGCCGCUGCACGUGGCCGCCCACUACGGCCGCGACUCUUUCGUGCGGCUCCUCCUCGAGUUCCGCGCCGAGGUGGAUCCCCUCAGUGACAAGGGCACCACGCCCCUCCAACUCGCCAUCAUCCGUGAGCGCUCGAGCUGCGUGCGGAUCCUGCUAGACCACAGCGCCAACAUCGACAUUCAAAAUGGCUUCCUGCUGCGCUACGCCGUCAUCAAGGGGAAUCAUUCCUACUGUCGGAUGUUCCUGCAGCGGGGUGCGGACACUAACCUGGGUCGCCUCGAGGACGGGCAGACCCCAUUGCACCUGUCGGCGCUAAGAGACGACGUGCUGUGCGCCCAGAUGCUCUACACGUACGGCGCCGACACCAACACGAGGAACUACGAGGGCCAGACUCCCGUGGCGGUGUCGGCGAGCAUGUCGGGCAUCAGCCGGCCCUGCCUGGACUUCCUACAGGAGGUCACCAGACAACCCAGGACUUUGCAGGACAUGUGUCGGAUAAACAUCCGGCAUCGCAUAGGCCUCCAGAGCUUGACGUUUCUGGAGGACCUGCCCAUUGCCAAGGUCAUGAAAGACUACCUAAAACACAAGUUUGACAAUGUGUGAUGACAAUAGUUUUUUAUAUACCCCCCGAACCAGGCAGACGGACAACAUCGUUCUCUCCUUUCAUCAAAGACUAUGCAAGCAUUGUGCUACCUUCCGUUGUCUGACGCCUGGAUGAUGUGGCGGACCAGGUUUUUGUACAACCUCCAGAGGUCACUUUGUAACCUCAGUUAAACACGCGGUUGGAUGGCAGAGACAGAGUAUAUUUCUCUCUCAACCGUGUUUCCACCGCGUUAGCAGCAUUACACCUUUUGGAUCAACAACUGAAUUGGAUGGACGGGGACAGGUGGCAAUGUUUCAAGUAGGGCUUUCUUUCAAUCAUGAUGAAUGGUUGAUGAAGUGGUGCGGUCCUAAUACGUGUUGUGGAAUAAAGCUUGUUUUGAUAGAAAUUAUGUUACCCAUAAUGUAUGUCCCGUGUCAGACUUCAGUCCACAUUAUGCCAAUAAUUUUUUGUGGAUAUUAAGUGUUCCUGUUUCCGUAGACGCCAAUAUUUUUUUGCUGUGGUAAAUCUGGGGAAGAUAAGAGAGCGAGAAAGGAUUGUCAGACACAUGUUUUCAUUAUUAAGAAGUUUAGAACUUCGUGGCCACAAAUGGUGCAGAAUGGGUCAAUCUUGUGAUACAUUUCAAAUAAUCAAGUUAUCAAAACCCCUUAAUUAUUCAAAUAUUACAAAAGCUCAGUGUUGAGUUACAGUGGGGGAAAAAAGGUAUUUAGUCAGCCACCAAUUGUGCAAGUUCUCCCACUUAAAAA